GAUCAAAACUGCACACCACACCGGUGACGAAACUUCCCUCCGCCCCAACGCAAACCAACCCAACACACCCAAGGCCGGCAAGCUCCCAACCACGUUUUCACAGCAGCAGCAGCAGCAACAACAACAACAACAACAACAACACCGCAACAACAACACCAUGGCAUCCCUGCUGACCCCCCAGGCCGUCCGGACCAUCGUUGCGGCCCCCCAGCAGGAAAAGGGCUUCCAGCCGGUCUGCCAGAUCAUCAACAUCAAGAACGUCAGGAACGGCGGUCAAACGGACCGCUACCGGAUCAUCCUCUCGGACGGCGAGUGCUACGUCCAGGGCAUGGUCGCCACCCAGCUCAACCACCUCAUUGCGGAGGACCGCCUCAAGAACCACAACGUCGUCCGCAUCGAGAACUACAUGAUCAACGACGUCAAGGGCAAGAAGGUCAUCAUCCUGCUGGGCUUUUCCGUCGUCGACGGGACGGUGGACACCAAGAUCGGCUCCCCCCUCGACGUCGAAAAGGUGGGGGCGGCGAACCUCUCGGCCAGCCGGGCCGUUGGCAGCGGAGCCGGCCCCAUGUACAACCGGACGAACCAGCACCGGGCGGCGGCCAAGCACUCCCCGGCCAAGCCGGCCGGGGCCAACCCCUACGGGGGCAGCCCGCGCAAGAACAACCCCUACAGCCCCCGCGGGCCGGGAAGCAGCAGCGCCCCCAUCGUCCACCGGCAGGGAUCGGCCGGCGGCCCCCGGAUCACCCCCAUCCUCCAGCUCAACAUGUACCAGAACCGAUUCACCAUCAAGGGCCGGGUCACCACCAAGUCCGACAUCAAGCACUGGUCGAACAGCAAGGGAGAGGGAUACCUCUCCUCCCUCGAGGUCCUGGACGCCGGCGGGACGGACAUCCGCAUCACCAUGUUCAAGGAGGCCGUCGACAAGUGGCAGAACUACUUCGAGGUCGGCCAGGUCUACACCAUCACGGGGGGCCGCCUCAAGGUCGCCAACCAGAAGUGGAACACCUGCAAGAGCAACUACGAGAUGACCAUCGACGUCAACACGGAAAUCGCCAAGUGCGAGGACUCGGCAGACAUACAGAAGCAGAGCUUUGACUUUUGCAAGAUCGGGAACCUCGAGGAAAAGGAGGAGGGCUCCUACGUCGACGUCAUCGGGAUCGUCCAGGACAUCGGGGAGGUCCAGUCCCUCGUCAGCAAGAAGACCGGCCAGGAGCUCAAGAAGGCCGACCUCACCCUCAUCGACGACACGGGCGUCCAGGUACGCCUCACCGCCUGGGGCCGGCAGGCCGAGGAGGCCGCCUCCAAGCUGGGCGGGAACGGCCCCGACAAGCCCGUCGUGGCCUUUCGCCGGGCCCGGGUCAGCGACUACGGCGGCAAGACCCUCAGUGGCGGGGACCCCUUCCCCGAACCCGACUGCCCCGAGACGGAGGAGGUCCGUUCCUGGUGGAGCUCCCAGGGAAGCCGGGCGGCCCCGGUCCGGUCCCUCUCGAGUGCCGGCGGGGGGGCCGGCCGAAUGGAUUCCUUUGCCGACCGCAAGACGAUCGCCGACAUCAAGGGCCAGCAGCUCGGCGAGCACAGCGAGAAGGGGGACUUUUUGUGCUUCAAGGCACACUUUACCUUCCUGAAGAAGGACAAGGAGGGCGGGGCCUGGUACACGGCCUGCCCCAACAAGGAGGAACCCUGCCGGAACCGAUGCAAGAUCAACCAGACCACCGACGGGUCCUACCACUGCGACCGCUGCAACGGGACCUACCCGAACUGCAACCGCAAGUGGAUCUUCUCCGGGACGGUCGGCGAUUCCACCUCCAACACGUGGGUGAGCGUCUUUGACGAGCAGGCCCAGCAGAUGCUGGGCCGGACCGCCGACGAGAUGCACGAGCACUACCAGACGAACCAGCCCCUCUACGACGCCUGCUUUGCCAAGGCCGCCUUUUCGGAGUGGGUCCUCAAGUGCCGGGUCCGCAAGGAACAGGUCAACGACGAGUACCGGACCAAGGUCCAGGUGGUCCGGAUGGAGCCCGUCGACUACGCGGCCGAGUGCCGGGAGAUGAUCCAGGCCCUGGAGCGCAUGUAGAAAGGCAGAGCGCAGCACAGGAACGCACGGCCAUGCACGGCACAGCACAGCACGGCACGGCAACGCAACGCAACGCAAUGCGCACCGAGAGGCCCGGCGGGAAGCGACCCGGGGGAAUGCUACGAAACGGUUUGGGGGCCGUUUGCUGCCGCGCCAAUGUUUGAUAUAAAAAAAGUACGAUAAACUAAGAAAGACGAC